AUGGAGAAAUUUCUUGUGCGGACCAACAAGCCAACCGACGCACCACCAGCUGCAAAAAAGCUUAGAAGGUACGAUGAAGUAUACCUGCAGUUUGGGUUUACAGUUACGGCUGAUCUGAGACCUCAGUGUGUCAUGUGUGCCGAGGUGCUGGCAAACGACAGUAUGAAGCCCUGCAAAUUAAAAAGGCACCUCGAAACAAAGCAUCCUGGCAUUAAAAAUAAGCCAGCUGAAUAUUUUAAAAGAAAGCUUGAUGGCCUCCAUCAGCAACAGGCAACCAUUUCAGUGCACAGCACUGUGUCUAAACAGUGUUUGGAGGCAUCGUAUGUAGUGGCCAAAAGAAUCGGUAAACUGGGUAAACCGCAUACAAUCGCAGAGACUCUCAUUUUGCCGGCAGCGCAAGACAUGUGCAGAAUAAUGAUAGGCGAUAGUGCAGCAGCCAAACUCGGUGCAGUACCACUGUCCAAUGACACAGUCGCUAGGAGAAUUGUAGACAUGUCCAAUGAUAUCAGAGAGCAACUGAUAGAGUUUGUAAAAAAGAGUCCUUACUACGCGCUGCAGCUGGACGAAUCCACUGAUAUUGCUGGGCAGGCACAGCUCCUCCCCUAUGUCAGGUAUCUACGGGACAAGGCGAUUGAGGAGGAUGUACUGUUUUGCCGGCCUCUUCAGUUGCACACUACAGGAGAAGCCAUUUUCAAUGUCCUUAAUAUUUUUAUCCUUGAAAAUGGUUUGGCUUGGGACCGAUGCGUUGGCCUAUGCACGGAUGGUGCGCAAGCAAUGACGGGGCGUGAGCGUGGCCUAGCUGCUCGAGUUCAGCAAGUAGCUCCACUUGUGAAAUGGACACAUUGCAUGGUCCAUCGCGAAGCACUAGCUGCUAAAAAAAUGCCGGUUCUUUUUGACCCCGUGCUGAACCAAUCCGUGAAAAUGAUAAAUCUUAUCAAAUCACGGCCGUUAAACUCUCGCUUGUUUGGGGUUCUCUGCCAGGAGAUGGGGUCAGGGCACGAACAGCUGCUUCUGCACACUGAAGUUCGCUGGCUCUCCAGGGGGCGGGUGCUACAGCGGUUGUAUGAGCUUCGAGAGGAGGUGAAGUGGUUUUUGACAGAAAUCAAAUCAGAUCUGGCGAAGCAUCUGGAUGACACUAUGUGGCUUGCGUCUCUGUCCUAUUUGGUCGAUAUAUUUGACCGCUUGAAUGGCCUCAACCUGUCUUUGCAAGGCCGCGGAACUCAUAUUUUGAUCCUUGCAGACAAAGUGCACGCCUUCACACAAAAACUAGACUUCUGGCAUGGCCGCAUCAGUCAAGGGAACUGCGACAUGUUUCCCAGCCUUGCAGACUUUAUCACUGAUGCAGGCACGUCACACGAUUUCUCAUCCCUAUUUCAAUCAGCGUCUGAGCACCUGUCAGCAAUGAGAAAACAAUUUGCGAUGUACUUUAAAGAGGAUUAUCGCUCUUUUGCGUGGGUUCGAGAUCCGUUUGUGUGCACAGCAAACGAGCUAUCAAUUGAUAUGCAGGAACAGCUUAUUGAGCUGAAGAGUGACAGUAGACUGAAGGAACUCUUUAACUCCUGCCCUCUUUCGUCAUUCUGGGCAGCAUUGAUGCAGGAAUAUCCUGAACUCUGUGACGUCGCCAUGAAGAUUCUCCUUCCUUUCGCGUCGACAUAUCUGUGUGAGGCAGGAUUCUCAAAAAUGACUGCACUCAAAAUGAAAUACCGCAAUCGUGCACAAAUCGAGGAUGAUCUGAGACUAUGUUUAUCAAACAUUGAGCCAAGAAUUGGGGAUCUUUGCAAGGCAAAGCAGGCUCAGGUCUCGCAUUAA